CCGGUGUCCCAGGCUAGCGAUGAGCAUGGCAGAACAGGAGCCCACUGCUGAGCAGCUUGCCCAGAUAGCGACCGAGAAUGAGGAGGAUAAACACCCUGUCAACUACAAGCCCCCAGCCCAGAAGAGCAUCCAGGAGAUCCAGGAACUGGACAAGGAUGAUGAGAGCCUUCGGAAGUACAAGGAGGCCCUGCUGGGCCCAGUGGCUGUCUCUGCAGACCCCAAUGUCCCCAAUGUCAUUGUGACCCGCCUGACCUUGGUGUGCAGCUCCUCCGGGGGACCUCUGGAACUGGACCUGACAGGUGAUCUGGAGAGCUUCAAGAAACAGUCAUUUGUAUUGAAGGAAGGCGUGGAGUAUCAGAUAAAAAUCUCUUUCCGGGUGAACAGAGAGAUCGUGUCAGUCAUGAAGUACAUCCAGCACACAUACAGGAAAGGGGUCAAAAUUGACAAGACUGACUACAUAGUUGGGAGCUACAGACCCCUGGCUGUGGAGUACGAGUUCCUCACACCCAUGGAGGAGGCCCCUAAAGGCAUGCUGGCGCGGGGCAGUUUCAACAUCAAGUCCCACUUCACAGAUGACAACAAGAAUGACCACCUGUUGUGGGAGUGGAACCUCACCAUCAAAAAGGAAUGGAAGGACUGA